AUGCGGGUCAUUCGCAAGAUUGACGACGCAGACGAGCUCAUCCAAUCGUUCUUAGCAUCCGAGGAAUUCAUACUCUCUCAGAAUGAUGCCUCGCCGUCACUCGCUCCCCAUGAUCAGGAGCGUUUGCUCGACUUUCCAAAUGCCGAAACUCAAGCAGCGAACAUUGCUGAAUCGACUAAGCUAUCCAAAGAAGAUCUCCUUGAGCGUGCUGUCGAGUCACCCUCGCAGCUGACCGCCGCAGAGAACUCUCUGCUCAAGAACCGCUACUGGAUGAAUGUCUCGCCAGGCGAGGAACGUGAAGUCUCACGGGCAGCCGGGCUGAUCAUGGGACCCGAUAGAGUCUCAGAAGAGGAGUAUGAAUAA